AGCUCCAGCUCCAGCUCCAGCUCCUAUUGCCAAUACUCCUAGUUCUGUGUCAAUAGAGCCAAUUGGCAAAGUCCCUCCGUCAGAGCACCGUCCGCUCAUGACCGAGCACAACCCACAGGACACAACCGCCCGACACAUAGAUGAACGACCGGCAAGGAUUAAGAUCGUACAGCAACCGCUGCACGCGCGGAUGUGCGGAUUUGGGGAAAAGGAUCGUCGACCGAUUGAUCCACCACCCAUUGUUCAGCUUCUUUUGGAUGAGGAUCACGAACAACAUCCCUCCAAGCGAGUUCAGCGCUCUGCUAUCGCGGCAGCAGCAGCCAAAAAGAAUGCAGCUGGUGCCACCACAUCCUCAAAGCAGAAACGCAAAGGCCCGAGUGACGAUGGCGAAGAUAGCCAUGACGAUAAUGAAGACGAGGAUGAAGCUUAUCAGCUCGAAGACGAUGACGAGGAUGAGAAUGGGAUUAAAUCUUCGUCGACUAAUGCGACUGCGGCGACAGCGACGGCAGGAACGCGAUCAGGUGUGCGUGCGACCCGGGGAGGAGCUGGAUCUCUGAAACAGGAACAUGACACGACUUUGACGGCCUCUUCUCCGUCCUUAGGAAAACGUGGUCGUCCAGCCGGUCGACAGGGUAGCAACAAGCACAAGCGAUCUAAUUCCGCCGACCAUGAUGACGAGGAUGACGAGAACGCUCUUAGUGACCAUUCCAAUCCUGGAAGCGAUGCCGAAGAUGAGGAUGGGUAUGGAGGACAACUGCAAGAGCAGGAUCCACUCUUUGUGUUGCAUGUCUCGUUGUGGUCCGCCGAUGGCAAGGAAGUCCGGAAUAUGAUCGCAACUCCGGGACAGUCUGAGCCACCGAAAUUGACGAGGAUCUUAAUGGGAUCUUUAGUGGUGUCGCCGAUCUUGUUGAAUAGUCCUGAAGGUGUGCCGGGUUGGUACUUUAGUUUCCCGGAUCUGAGUAUCCGAACUGAGGGCGUUUACACUCUCAAGUUUUCGCUGAUGCGAUUUGGAAGCUUCGAUUUCAUGAAUAAUGAUGAUGGCCAUGCAUCAGGACUGGUGGCAGAGGAGACCAGUGAUCCCUUUACGGUCUUUUCAGCGAAAAAAUUCCCUGGCAUGACCGAAUCGACCGAGCUAUCAAAGGCAUUCGCGAAACAGGGCCUCAAAAUCCCGAUCCGUAACGACCUGCGCGCCCGCAAAGCCGACAGGGACUAAGCUGCUGACAUAGAAGACAAACACAAAUAAAGGAAGCGAAGUAGCU